AUGUCCAACAUUGUUGUUAGCAACGAGACCAAGAGCCAGUCUGUCCGCACCACAAAGGAUGGCAGGCAGAUUCGCUACAAUCUGCAAGUAAUUCAGCAGCCUGAGCGCGCCCGUGCCUGUGGUAGCGGCGCAAAGUCGAGCGCUGACAGACGUCCCGUCGACCCGCCCCCGAUUGUUGAGUUGCGCGUCUUCGAGAAUGACCAGGAAAUCACCUUUGCCUACAAUGCAAACUUCUUCCUCCACGCCAGUCUGGAAAAUGCCCGUACCAUCGCUCCUGGACGCGCUCCCUCCACCGCCGGACCCAGCUUUCCAGUCCUGACAGGUACCCCGGUUGCUGGUAUGGCCUACCUCGACCGCCCAACGCCCGCUGGCUACUUCAUCUUCCCCGACUUGUCCGUUCGCCACGAGGGCAAGUACCGUCUGAGCUUUGCUCUUUUCGAGAACCUGGCAGAGGUCAAGGACCUCGAUCCCGAGGACCCCGACGUCAUCUACGAUGGCAACCACUUUGUUACCCACCGUUGCGAAGUCAAGUCGGCUCCUUUUACCGUCUUCUCCGCCAAGAAGUUUCCUGGAUUGUCCGAGAGCACUGCUCUGAGCCGCAUGGUUGCCGAGCAGGGCUGCCGUGUCCGUAUCCGUCGUGACGUCAGGAUGAGGCGCCGUGAGAACAAGUCGUCCAAGGAGUGGGAUGAGUACGACGAGGAAGGAGGAGGUUACGAUCGCGCCCGAGGCACUGCAACUCCCGACAACUAUGGCCAAGCUCCAAAUGCCCCUCUCGACGACCGUCCCCGCUCAUUGUCCAGCGCCAGCAACCCUGCGCUCGCGCCACCGCGCCGCCCGAGCAUCGAGGAAAUGGGCCACGGUUAUUCUGCUGGCAACGGCUACCAGCAGCAGAUGCCCCCGCCACAGACUCCCGCUUAUGGACAGAUGCCAUCAUACGGCUCCAACCAACCCCAGUAUUCACAGCAAUACCAAACCUCGCAGCCGGCCCCGAUGAUGCAACCUCCACAGCCCCCGCAGCAUCCGACACCGUACUCGCAGCACUCACAGCACAGCAGCUACAGCAGCCAGCACCAGGUACAGCCUCCGGUGCCAAUGAACCAGCAAUACGGAUACUCCAACUACCAGCAACAGCAGCAACAGUCGCAGCAGUCACAGUCGCAGUCUCAAUACGACCACGCUGCACCUUCGAGACAAGAGCAGAUGUCUUCCGACUAUGCGCACCCAUCCGACUACCGUCGUUCGUCUAUUACGCAAUCACCAGCUCAGCAAUACACUGCUUCGAACCACCCAGUACAACCAUACCACCCUGUGGACCAGUACGGCCGAUCGCAGCAGAUGAGCCAGCCUCUGCAGCCCCUGCACUCAUCGCCUCAAUCGUACACGUCUUCGGCUCCUUCUCAUCAAUCCCUGCCCUCUUUGAGGCCUAUUGUUGCAGACAAGCUGGAGCCCGUCUCUCCUUCGUACCAAUCCCCACCUACCUCGAUGUCUGCCGCAAUGUCUGUCAACUCUGACGGCUCCAACCAACACUAUGCUCUCCCCAAGUUUAACCCUCAGACUCAGGGCCUUCCACCCAUGUCUGCCACAUCAAACAAACGCUCCUUCUCCAGCACAUUCGAUUCUCGUCACUUGAAUGAGCGCAUGGUAGCAGGCAGCAGGCCCCAGCCAUCCGGUGCGGGUUAUAGCUACGAUCCUGGCUCCCCUGACAUGGAAGAGCCCAUGGACCGUGCUGCUAUGAGCUACAGGCGUGCCGACGGAACACAACGACAACGCCAUGUACCUGAAGUCGGCGUCUAA